CCCCCCCUUUGUAAACCGUUCCGCGGCCCCUGCCGAAAAAGAGAUUAAGACUUAGUGGUAAGUCUGUAUUAUUAGAAACGCCACGGCUGAAUCAUGAAUGUGGAAACUUUUGAUAUUCCACGAAUAUCAGCUCCAUCUGACCAGGACUUCAGAGCAAACUACCUGCGAAAAGGUGUUCCAGUUGUUAUAACAGAUGUAGCAGACAAAUGGCCUGCAUCACAAUGGACUCUAGAUGAGCUUUCAAGAAAGGCGGGACAUAACAAGGCAUUUAUUAGGCAACAAACUGACAAGGAAUCAUAUAAGGUUGGUAAAUCAUACAGCAUAAGGGAAAGUCCCUUGAGGGAAUACAUUGAUGACAUCAGAGCUGAAAACAGCAGAGCGAGGAGUUCUUACCUGGCGGUGCAGAAUAUUCGCAGCACGUUUCCUGAGUUAGAGGCAGAUAUCGACAUACCCGGAUACGUUGAAAAGUUACACGGCGGUCCAUAUCUCUGGAUUGCCAUGAAAGGACAUUAUGAAUUCUGUCACUUUGAUCCAGACGAUGGUCUCCUUGUCAUCUUGAAUGGUUCUAAGAGGGUCAAGCUAUAUGGGUGUGACAUUCAACCUUUGUACCCUAACCCGCUGGGGUCAAGAGGUCGUACUAUUCAGGCACAGGUCAACUGUGACACACCGGACCUAGAAGCUUUUCCCAAGUUUAAAGGGGUGCAGUGUCACCAGUGUACUCUGAAUGCUGGAGAAAUGUUAUUUAUUCCUGCUUUCUGGUGGCAUCAAGUGACUUCUCUAGAAAUGACCAUCUCUAUCAAUUUCUUCUAUGGGGAUGCUGGAGACAAUAUCUACCUAACAAAGAUUAUGGAGCCCAUGAGAUGGGAGGCCUUCUCCCACUGGUUCCUCAACAUCGUGGAGCAGAACAGACCGUUUGAGUCCUUCCAGCGAGUCCUGGAGAACCUCACAGAUAGCCUUAGGAGCUUCUUUCUCAAGACAUGGCAUGAGAAACCAUCACAGGACCAGCUAGAUAGACUAAUGAAACUGGUCCUGGAACACCUGAACUUGGACUCUAUCCCUGUAGGUUCAGUACGGACUAGUAAGCACCCGCCAGUGAUGAAAAUUAGGGGUCUACUCUGGCGGAAAUGAUAGAUUAUGGACUAAUUAAGAGAGGCAAUAUUAGUACUGUCUGGUACUAGAACUCUCUCCAUGGACUCUGCCCCUGAAGGCUCACUUUGGACUAGUAAACACCUGCCUGUGAUGAAAGUCAGGGGUCCACUCUGGCGGAAAUCAGGGCCCAGCCUUAAUACAAGUUACGAUGGAUCCAAUCAAUCGUAACUCUAUGGAAAUCCACCAGGGUCAUAAUUUUUUCUACAGGAAAUUUGCGCAAUGUCUUUUGUAACCAAAGAGAAACACAGUGAAUUUUUAAGAAAACGAUGAAUACAUCAUAGCUAGAAAAUAUUUUGAACAAACUUGCAACAUAGAUGUUGAGGUUGUUGAGCGUCCAUAGUUGCGAUUGAUCGGAUCAAUUGCAACUCUUUGUAAGACGGGGCCUUGAUGAAUUCAGAUGAGAUGCAAUAUGUACAGAUGUCAUCUGCUGGUGGUUAUUAGCUAGUCUGUCAACUUGGACACCAGUUGGAGUAUCAGGAUUGCCAAGUUAACAGCCCCAAGCAUGAAGAUUGCAGAAUUGCCAUUGGCUGAUGGUGAAGCACUGUUGGGCUGUGGCAAAUGAUUAUCUUGAAACUCAAUGUAUUAGCCAAUGAAAGAGACAUAAUUGGUAUUUUCAAGAACAUCCACCUCACAGUUGUGAAGAAUAUUGUUAAAAAACUGCAGAACAACUCCUUUUAAUUAAACAUCAAUAUCAGUUCUGGUAGCGGUCUCAAUUGGAGGUGAAACAAAAUCCCAAAAUUCAAAAUCCGUAAAAUGACCAUACAAGCGUUUGUAUGCAUAAAUAAAAAAAUAAUCAACAAUCUUUAGAUCAGUAGGUCUGGAACUCAUUUCACAAAAAAGCUGCUAUGAUAGCAACUCUUGUUGGAAUAUCACCCAAGAGCCAAUGAAAAAGCAUAAUUUUCUCUGUUGUCAUGAAGUUGACAUUUCAGUCAGUCUUGCUAUCAGAGCAAUUUUUUAAUGAAGUGGAGCCCAGAUUUCAAGGCUGUAUGAUCCAAUUGUGAUGAGUUGAUAUAUAUAUUUUAUGUUUGUAAAAUUAUAGCAUCUGAAAUAAAUUUGAGAUAUCUACUUAACUUUUUUUUCCUUGUCAUAUACUUUACACUUACAAGCUUGUCUCAGUCUUCCAUUUUAAGCAGUCACUCAAAUGCCUCUUGAUCCUUUCCCCACUCUUUUCCUCUUUCUCAGUUUUCUCUCUUUUAUCUCUGUGAAUAUUUAUUAUAGUUCGCUUUGUAUAAGUUGAAUCAAUUGGAACUAAUGAGGCGAUGAGUUGGCUAAAUUAAUUUAUACAGGUGAAAACAUAAUGGAAAGUGAUUAAAGACAGGUCUUAUCAACAUAUCUUAUUUUAAGACUGUUUUAUCUCCAGUUUGUUUCACUAAUGCAGAAUUGACAGUUUUAAUCAGUCAUUCAAAAGGUUUCCCAAUCAAUAUUCUGCCCGACAACCCGGACACCACAGGAGCAAACUUGCCGUUGGCAUCUGCCUAGAUUUUAAUCAUCCGUUGUACCAUUAUCAUGUUUUUUUUUUCACCAUGGGACAAUCACACCAUUGUAGAUUGCCUAAAUCUGCCCUCCAUCUAGCUCAAAUAGUCGGCUACCCUUGAGCACGUCUACCUCAAAGCAUUAUUUCAGACUAUGCAAAACACGUGUGAAGUAAACUAUGGUAUUUAUCAUUUCAAGAAAAUUUGUAAUGAUUGGAGUACCAAAUGUGAUGAUAAAUCAAUCUAGUUAUGGAGAUUUGCAUCACAUUUGGCUCCUCAUAGUGAAAACACGUUGGACUAUUUAAAUUGUAUUUCAGAAUACUUGGACAAAAUAAGACAAAAAUGUAAGAUGAAUUCUACUUACGGUAAAUCUCUUGGAAGGACAUAAAUUUGUCCGGCAAAUUACGACUUAGAAGAGGUAAAUAACACAUUCUUGAUCUGUU